CUCAAUUUUCAGAAGGACAAAAUGAACCGUUGUGAGUUUCUGCUCGGUUUCAAAUGCCAGUUGUGGCAUGGAUCAACCAAGCUCGUAGACGCCUGUCUCGCUCCCUUUCCCAAGCGAGUGUGUGCGCAAGCACGCGGCGCGGAAGGCAGAACCGCUGCACGGUGCCGAGCACGGCGGCGCCGGCACCGGCACCAGGACCGGGAACAGGACCGGGGCUGAAGGAGGGGCCGCCGGGCGAGCCGCCGGGCAAGCGCAGAGCGGGAGUAGCGCAACAGGCGGGGCGGUGGGCGGUUCGGCGGCGGCGUGCGGAUGACGGGUGGUGCUGCCCGCUGAAGGAGAAGUGGGGGUGCAGGCAGGGCGGCGGCAUGCGGGCGGAGGAGCCCCUGGCGCUGGCGGCCCCGCAGGUGGUCGGUGGCGAGGCAGAGGCGACGAGCGAGGAGCAGGGCGGCAGCGGCUGCUGCAGCAGCGAGCGGCUAGUGAUCAACAUCUCUGGGCUGCGCUUCGAGACGCAGCUGCGGACCCUCUCCAUCUUCCCCGAUACGCUGCUGGGCGACCCGAGCCGCCGGGUGCACUACUUCGACCCUCUCCGCAACGAGUACUUCUUCGAUCGCAACCGACCUAGCUUCGAUGCCAUCCUUUACUACUACCAGUCUGGAGGGCGGCUCCGGCGGCCAGUCCAUGUGCCCCUCGACAUCUUCCUGGAGGAGAUCCGUUUCUACCAGCUGGGCCAGGAGGCCAUUGAGACCUUCCGGGAGGAUGAAGGUUUUAUUCAGGAGGAGGAGAAGCCCCUGCCUGAGCACCACUUCCAGCGCCAAGUCUGGCUGCUCUUUGAGUAUCCUGAGAGCUCUGGACCAGCCCGUGCUAUUGCCAUCGUCUCUGUGCUAGUGAUCCUCAUUUCCAUUGUCAUCUUUUGCCUAGAGACCCUGCCUGAGUUUCGCCAGGAGCCCAAGGUUGCUCAGCCUGGCUUCGGGGAGCUGGCUGUACUUGAUGAUGACAUACUGCUGCCACCACCACCACCAAGCGGGACCCCACAGUCUCCACAACCCACUGCUGGUGCUGGCCCUUUCUUCACUGACCCUUUUUUCCUCAUUGAGACACUGUGCAUCAUCUGGUUCUCCUUUGAGCUUCUUGUGCGUUUCUUCACUUGCCCCAGCAAGCCUGACUUCUCUCGGAACAUUAUGAAUAUCAUUGACAUUGUGGCAAUCAUCCCCUACUUCAUCACCCUGGGCACAGAGCUGGCCCAGCAACCACAGCAGAAGCAGCAGUCUGGGAGUAGCAGCAACAAUGGGGGCCAGCAGCAAGCUAUGUCCCUGGCCAUCCUCAGAGUCAUCCGACUGGUCAGGGUCUUCAGGAUCUUCAAGCUCUCCAGGCACUCCAAAGGACUACAGAUCUUGGGGAAGACUCUCCAGGCCAGCAUGAGGGAGCUAGGCCUCCUUAUCUUCUUCCUCUUUAUUGGUGUGAUCCUCUUUUCUAGUGCCGUAUACUUUGCGGAGACCGAUGACCCUGACUCGUUGUUCACCAGCAUUCCUGAUGCUUUUUGGUGGGCAGUGGUAUCCAUGACCACUGUGGGCUACGGAGACAUGUAUCCCAUGACAAUUGGUGGCAAGAUUGUGGGUUCCUUGUGUGCCAUUGCGGGUGUGCUCACCAUUGCUCUGCCUGUGCCUGUCAUUGUGUCCAACUUCAACUACUUUUACCAUCGAGAGACUGAUAAUGAAGAGCAGUGUCAGUACACCCAUGUCACCUGUGGCCAGCAGCAGUCACCCUUCUCUGAGCCCAAGAAGGGGGACAGUAAUCAGUCUCUCAGCAAAUCUGAAUUUUUGGAAGUGGAAGACCUGGAGUCCAUGAAAUAUUCCAAUUUCAUUCCCCCUGGCAAUCAGGGUUAUAAAAAGAAGAAAAUGCUGACAGAAGUGUGAUCAGUUUUGUUAUCCUGGGUCCAGGCACAGAGCUGGAAGCUGUUGCACAGCUGUCUUCGCACUAGCAGUUGGAUCUAUUCAGCAUUUACAUACCAGACUGUGGAUUGUGAUACCGUAAACGGAGUCAUCGUGAUAAUGGGCUCUUCUUUCCAGAUAUACUGUUUCUUGUUGCUGUGUGCAGUCAGAAAUGUUCUUGCUUUGUUCUGUGGAGUGCUAGCUGUCAUUCCCUGCUCAUGGAUGGUUUUUUUUAGGAUCACUGUAAUCCAAUUUUAGCUUAGAAGCCUAAUCUUUCUACUCCACUAGCGAAGAAGUCCUUGCAACAACUUCAGCUGAAGGAUUUUGCAGGGAGUAAGUAGUUAAAGGGGCUAUGAACAUCCGGCUCAAGCUGUAUCCUUGGUUCCUGUGCCAGCUUGGUGCCCUUAGCUGUGGGAUCAGUCACGCCUGCAAUGCCUUUGUCUUUGAAUAAUGGAAAUGCUUUAGCUAGCCUCACAGUGAGUUUUGCAGCUGUAGGUAAAAGUCGGCAAACAGAUGCCUUUCUUGUUUGCAACACUUGUCUUGCAGGAGACCCUCUUGUUUUAUGUUUCUAAAAAGUUGCAUAAAUAGAAAAGCACUUCGCUACUUCAUAUAUGCAUUUAUUAUAAGUGAGCAUAAAUGAUUUGACAGGCUUGUUGAAGAUUCUCUGUGUUUUGAUCUUAAGUCUUACUUGUGCCAGUGUCCUGAUGUUACUUGGCUUUUAUAGUACCAAGUUAACCUUUGUAGUGGUGCCUUCUCACUUUUGAGAAAAUUGAUUUGUUAUCUCCUCAAUUUAUUUCCAUAAGUGUUUAGUGAUAUGUACUUUAUGCUGCAGGUACUCAGUUCUGUAUUCAGGCAUGUGAACACAGUUGACUCCACUGCGUUUUUAUUGAAGUGUUUCUGUAGCUGAGGAAAGUUUGCAUGCUCGUAUUAUGUUGAUAUUGCCAAAAAACACAACUACCUGUGCUGUCUGAAAAUUCCACUGAUAUUGUGGGUCACAGUCAUAAAUUAUUCCUGGGUAUUGGCAUUAGAGGCUGGCCUUUACACCAGCUUCCCUAAGACAUCUGCACAAACUCAAUAGCAUACCCUAGAACUUUAAAAUGAGAGGAAAAAGAGGUAAACUUGAAAUGCUAUUUUUGCUUUAUUAUUGAUUCAAACCGUUCUGGGUAUUUCUUAAAUUGAAAGCACAGAAAUGAUUUUUUCAUGCACUAGAUUUUGUAAGUGCAACUUACAGUAGCAAUGCAAAAUACAUUCCUUAGCCUGCAUUGCUGGGCUUGUCAAGGGACCAGAGAAUUUCAUUUUAAGAUGCAUGUUUUUCUUCACAGAUCACAUUUAUCCCUGCCUAUUUCCUAUUUUAAAAUGUUUCAAAUGCUGCUAGUGGAUGAAAAGGGAAAACAAAUACUUUCAGAUUCUAUUUGUAAACUUUCAUGCAAAUACAUGUAUUGUUUUUGUUUUUAAAUGUGAUUGUAUGUUCUGCAUUCAUAUGUGUGCAUGUGUUUGAAAGCAAAGACAGGCGGAAUCAUAAUAUCAUAGAACUAUAGAACUGUCUUAGGUUGGAGGGACUUUAAGAUAAUCUAAUUCCAACACCCAUGCCAUGGCCAGGGUUGCCAGCCACUGGGUCAGGCUGCCCAGUAUUCCAUCCAACCUGGCUUUGAAAUCCUGCGGGAAUGGAGCAUCCACAGCAUCUCUGGGCAACAGUGCCUCACUACCCUCUGAGUAAAGAAUUUUUUCCUAAAUUCUAACUUAAAUCUUCCCACUCUUUUAAUUGAAAGUCCUUCCUUUUUGUUCUGUCACUAUCAGAUCAUGUAAAAAUCAGUCUCGCUUCUGCUUAUUAGCCUCCCUUACAGGCCACAAUGAGGUUUGCUCUUGGCCUUCUCCAAGCUUGACAAGCCCAGCUCCCUUAAUUUUUUCUUUGUGAUAGAUGUGCUCCAGCCCCUUGAUCACCUUCAUGACCCUCCUCUAGAUCUGCUUCUGUAGCUCCACAACUUUCUUGCGCUGGGAGUCCCAGGCCAGAACGCAGAACUCCAGAUGAGGCCUCACAAAGGCAGAGUAAAGGGUACAGUCACCUCCUUUGCCCUGCUGGCUAUCCCUCUUUUGAUGUAGCUCAGGAUACUGUUGGCUUUCUGGAUUGCAGGCACAUAUAGCUUGCUCAUGUCUAGCUUUUUGUCCACCAGGUUCCCCAUGUCGUUUUCCACAGGGCUGCUCUCAAGUUCUUCUCCCAGUGUAUACCCAGCAUAUCUGGGAUUAUCCUGAUCCAAGUGCAGAGUGUCGCACCUGGCCUUGUUGAAUCUCAUUAUUUCCUGUGGGCCCAAUUUUCAAGCCUGUCCAAGGCCCUCUGGAUGGCAUCCCUUCCUUAUGUCAUAUCAGCUGCACCACUCAGCUUGGUGUACUUGCUAACAGUACACUCAAUCCCACUGUCUUUGUCACUGAGAAAGGUGUUAAAGACACUGGUCCCAAGACAGGCCCCUGUGGGUCACUACUCAUCACUGGCCUCUACCUGGACAUAGAUCCAUUGACCACAACCCUGUGACCAUCCACCAAUUCUUUGUCCACUGAAUAGUCCACAAAACAGAUGUAAGGUGCAAAAUAUAUAGAAUAUGUUUUAUGUAUAUGUAUACAUCAUACUUUUCAAACAUAAGGCUGAGAUUGCUAAGGACAUGUCCUUUAAUAUCGUCUGAGCUGGCAGGGUUGUGAGAUGGGAUCUGUUUGCAUCCUUGUUACCCUGCUUAUUUUCCAUUGUCCUGAGAUUUGGCUCCAUGCCUAGAGUGCUUUUAUUGUGUCUCUCCUCAUCUGGGUCGUGAUCAUAUGGUAGAAGUUGUUUAUGUAAGUCCUAACUGCUGCACUUCUCCAGAGACCCAUAGUCUUCUCAAAGGUUUCUAACGUACAAGGAACUUGCCUUAGGUCAGUGCACAGACAUUGCACUGGUUCUUCUGUUCUCUCUCACUGGUCAGCAGCAAAAAGCCACUUGUUACUGCAGAUCAGCCCGAGAGAGCACAUGUGGUGUGGUAUGUUGAUGGCUCUGUAGAUGAGAGGAGCUUGCCUGAAUAAAGAGAGCAGAAAGUGGCUUUCCAGGCUACCUCCACAGAUGUCUGUAUCUAGUGCUUUUUUUGUUUCAUUGUAACUGAGGUGAAUUUAUCUGAAUUUCUGGGCUUUGGCUUUCGUUCUGCAUCUCUUGAAGCAUGUAACUUGUGGGUCAGUAAUACUGGAUCCCACUGCAAGGUGGGAUCUCUGUUGAUUUUGUGUAAAAAGUUGUCUUGGUAUCUGAAUUAAUUUUGCAAAAUGCUGUUGUUGUUCUUAGUUGUGUAUCAGAUUCAGUACAAUGAAAUAUUCUUCUGAAUGUAAGGGAUUGGCUUUCAGUUUUAUGUUGUCCUUGCAUGUGCACUAAGCUAGCAGAAGAACCUGCUAUUUAAGAAGGAUGUGUCGAGGCUGUUGCUGUCUCCUAGUAGAAUGCCCAUGUUUGGGAUUAUUUUAUGCAGAAGUGUAUCAGCUGAUACAAGUUUCCCCAAAGUAAGAUAUAAAAAGCUCAGGUUAAGCACGAGUUCAGGAGGAGGCACGAGCUAUGCUCUGCUUACGUCAGAAAAUUCCUUGUGCUGGUUUCUUCCCUUUGGCCCAACCCCUCUGCCCCUGCCAGGCAGGAGCCGUACCUCUCAAGAAUAGGUUGUUCUUCCAGCCGGCGUGGUAUGUGGCUGGGCAUGCAGACUCUAACAACAACAAAAAAAA